AGGAGGAAGAGGCGGGAAAGAGAGUGGCUUAAUGGCGGCGGAAAGGAGAGGCCUUUCGGGGAGAGAAAAAAGAAGGUAACCUCUGAAUGAACCUUGUGAAGAAAACCUUGUGAGAGCUUUGCCCUAGGGAUGCCUUAGGUCUGAAAUGAAGGUACAUGGCACUAACAAGAAGAAACAAGGAGAAAGACAUAUUUCAAGCUACAUAUCUGUGUAAUCAUGGAGAAAAGGGAAGAUUGUGCUGCAAAGAGGGACCUGGAAAACAGAUUGAAAUGCAAUGCAAAGACUGAGAAGAGAAAGUCCUGUGCUCCCAAGAGUUACUAUCUGUGAACUCUGGCAUUGUAUUUGAAUUGUAAACGUCAAAGAAUGGAAAAUCCUCUACAUCCCACAGCCACAUCACACAUAGGAGUGAAGCUACAUAAGUGUAUGGACUGUGGGAAAAUUUUAAGUAGCAGAAGUAAUCUUAAUAAACAUCAACGAGUUCACACUGGAGAGAAGCCAUAUCAAUGCAUGGAAUGUGGAAGGAGCUUCAGUUGGAAUGGAGAUCUGAAGAGUCACCAAAGGACCCACACAGGGGAGAAGCCACAUCAAUGCAUGGAAUGUGGAAAGAGCUUCAGUCAUAGUGGAGCUUUCUAUUCUCAUCAAAGGACCCACACAGGGGAGAAGCCAUAUACAUGCAAGGAAUGUGGAAAGAGCUUCAGUCAGAGUGGAAAGCUGCAUCUCCACCAAAUGACCCACACAGGGGAGAAGCCACAUAAAUGCAAGGAAUGUGGAAAGAGCUUCAGUCAGAAGGACGGUCUGCAUUACCAUCAAAGGAUUCACACAGGGGAAAAGCCAUAUCAAUGCAUGGAAUGUGGGAAGAGCUUCAGUCAGAGUGGAGGUCUCCAUUCUCAUAAAAGAUCUCACACAGGGGAGAAGCCACAUAAAUGCGUGGAAUGUGGAAAGAGCUUCAAAUGGAGUGGACAACUUCGUUCCCAUCAAAGGACCCACACAGGGGAGAAGCCAUAUCAAUGUAUGGAAUGUGGAAAGAGCUUCAGUCAUAGUGGAGCUCUGAAUUCUCAUCAAAGGACCCACACAGGCGAGAAGCCAUAUAAAUGCAUAGAAUGUGGAAAGAGCUUCAAUAUUAGUGGAAAUCUCCGUUCUCAUCAAAGGAUCCACACAGGGGAGAAACCGUUUGAAUGCAUGGAAUGUGGAAAGAGCUUCAGUAGCAAGGAACAUUUGGACUGCCAUCAAAGGACCCACACAGGGGAGAAACCAUUUGAAUGCAUGGAAUGUGGAAAGAGCUUCAGUAACAGAGGACAUCUUAGUUCCCAUCAAAAGACCCACACAGGGGAGAAGCCAUAUCAAUGUAUGGAUUGUGGAAAGAACUUCAGUCGAAGAGGACAUCUUAAUGACCAUCAAAGGACACACAGAGGGGAGAAGCCAUAUAAAUGCAUGGAAUGUGGGAAAAGCUUCACUCGGAAUGGCAGUCUCCGUUCCCAUCAAAGGACCCACACAGGGGAGAAGCCAUAUAAAUGCAUGGAAUGUGGAAAGAGCUUCAGUCAGAGUGGACACCUGCGUCCCCAUCAAAGGACCCACACUGGGGAGAAGCCGUAUCAAUGCAAGGAAUGUGGAAAGAGCUUCAGAAACACUUCAGCACGCACUAAACAUCAAAGAACUUGCACACAACUAGAGGAGAUCUGUCUUUGAGGUUCCUCGUUCUGCUAAAAAAACAAGGGUCCCACCCUUCUGCAGACUGGCAAAGAAUGGCAGAAUGGAAGGAAAGAAUCGGUUGUCACGGUGGUCUCUCUGUCAUGGACAGUAGUUUGUGUGGCCUGGCUUGACUGCUGCUGGGGCAGAACUCCCACAGAGAAUGACUUUUCUCAGUACUGGAGCCAGUUUGGAAGGGCUUAACCUCUUCCUCCUUGAGGAAAACAUCAUCAGCUUCUGGGACGAUCCUUGAAUAAUGGCUAAAAUGAGCAUCAUCUGAGAUCAUGUGAUAAAAGAGUUCUGGAAAAGAACAGCUCUUUGGGAGCAGAUAUCUUACCUUGGCUCUGCUGCCCCUCAGUUAGAAAUCUGGACUCUGGCCUUGCUCCUGUAACCCUGUUCAGGACUCUGUUGUUCCCUGUAUCGUUGACUAAAUUCUGGACUGACUUCCUGGCAUGAUUUAUGGACUUGGACUUCAGUUUGUGCCCCUCACUAUCCAGCUUGACUUUGGAACUCUGAUUCCGUUUGUACUCGUGGGUUCUUGGUCAUUAUUUAUGAACUCUGAUGAAUUCACCCCGGGCAUCUGACUAUUGGGGUGUAGCCUUGGCUCCUGAUCUGGCUCCGCAGCACUCGGCUUGUCUGAAUUAAUUGGACUCUGACCUUGGCUUGUGUUUGUUACUCUGGCUAUGCACAGCCAUUGUUGUAUUUUAGCCAGAACUUGAAAAAAAAAUCAAGAUUUCGGUUUUCUUAUAAGGCAAUGUGGCCUUGGCUUACCUUGUGCUUAAUAACCCUCAGCCUUGAUACGGGGAGAGCCCCGGAAGAUGAGACAUCACUUUUGCUUUGUGUAUAUUUAUCCCUGCUGAGCAUGAACCCCCGUAGUAAUCGAGACUGCUUAAUAGCGCCCUUGUGCAAAGGAUCCAUUCGGAUAUACAGCAUCUCUCCCUAACCGCCAAAAUGGAAAACUAAAGAAUGAUGACGGUGACAGAUGAAGAUUCAUGAAUCUGUUGAGAUGGACAAAUUAACUAAGCUGAUGAAUGGAAAUAUUGGUCCAACUACAAGCAAGACUGGGACUUACUAAGUCACUAGUUGUAAUAAUGAGGGAACAUUUGUUUACUGUGGGAUUUAAGAAUUAGCUUCAUGUUAUUAAAAUGAAAAGAUAAAUAUAGAAAAGAAUUUAAAUUGAGUAAAUAGAGAUACACAUUAGUUGUGUGUGAAAUUCAGUAGGUCAAUUCGGAUUUUGGGUAAUUUUGGCAAUUCUACAGCCGAACUGCUGAAAACAAACCCCGGGGGAGGGGAGGACCCACUCCGAAGCCUUACCAGAACUAAACAUGAGCCUCCUACUCCUUUGGCUAAAUUUGGGAAAUAUUAAUUGAUUAGAACUUGUUCUUUAUCAUUAGUAUUCUGGUCGUUUGUUUAUUUUGUGAGCACAAGCUGCAAUCUCUCCGAUGGAGCUGAGCGACGAGCUCAGCUGCACUUAAUGCAUCACAUUUCUCAGUCAGUCGGUUCUGUCCAUUCUCCCCUCUUACGGCACAAGCUGUUUUAUGUUAUGUCGUUUUUUAUGUUAUUGGUAAAAACGUAUAAAGUUUCCCAAAAAUUAGUGGAUUAGCAAAAUGUUCUGAAACAUGGGGGCUUAUGGUUGUUAACAUGUCCUACAGGUGUGUCAAGUUCCAUCCUGAUGGCCCUACAAAUGACGGAGAAACAAGCCCCCGAAUGUUUCAGAACGCUUCCAGCUGCAUCACGUUUCUCAGGGUUUUUUUUUUUUCGUGUCAGGAGCAACCGGAGUUGCUUCUGGAGUGAGAGAAUUGGCCGUCUGCAAGGACGUUGCCCAGGGGACGUUGCCCGGAUGUUUUUUACCAUCCUUGUGAGAGGCUUCUCUCAUGUCCCCGCAUGGAGCUGGAGCUGAUAGAGGGAGCUCAUCCGCGCUCUCCCCGGGUGGGAUCCGAACCUGGCAGCCUUCAGGUCAGCAACGCAACCUUCAAGUCACAAGGCUUUAGCCCACUACUCCACUGGGGGCUCCAACCAUAGAUUAAAACAUAAUAAAAUCAGGAUAUCUGAGUCCACACUGCCAUAUGAUCUUUGUUAAACGGUAUAGAUUCUAGAAUGGAGUCUCGCUCUGAACACUCUCAGAUCUAUGAUCUAUGUUUAUGAUCUUUGUUAAACAGUACAACAGCUAAAUAAAUGAUGGAGAAAUUGGAAAUUGGAGUUUGAGAAGCCAAGGUUGUUGGAAAUCACAACCUUCUACAAGCCUCCUAUACUAGUUAUUUGUUAUGUAUAGAAUUAAGGUUGCUUACUAUAUUGUAUGUAUAUAUUGGUAUGCAAUCUUCCCUUUACUCUAAAGUUGUGGGAAGGACUACAGACCAUGUGACCCAGAUCUGAGAGUGUUCAGAGCAAGACUCCAUUCUAGAAUCCAUUUGAAUCCGAAGUCAGUUGGAGUCAAUUGAUGUCAAUUAGCGUAUGAGUCAGUUUGUAUCAGUUGAUGUAUGAAGUUAGUUGAGUAUAGUUGAGUAUUGUCCGUAUGCUGCAGUGAGCAGUCAGUUUAUAUGGAGCCAAUGUUCCGUAAUGUGUUAGACUGAAGAGAGUGAGAGUCUGCAUGCAACGGGGAAGAGACUGAACACAACAUGCUUAGAGAACUUACUGUUUAAACUCUAAACCAAUAAGAACUGUACCUGCAUGCUUGUACAUGAAGUUUAUAAAUAAAUCGAAGACUACUUA